AUGCGGUUCCUGCUCAGCAUUCUUAGUGCUGUGUCGCUCCUAAUUUCUGUCGCCAAUGCCUCCCUCUCGACUGACAUCCUAUAUUGGCCCUUGGGAUCGCCACAACCGUCCGUCCUCGCGCGUGUCUCCUACGACCCAGCCUCAUUGAAAUCGGACGUGGUCUCAUAUCACCCCCCAAAGGAUGACCAGACCGAUAAUCUAGUACGCGUCGGUCUCUACAUUUCAACCCCCACGAACAAAAAGCAAUGGGUCGGCAGUCUCGUGUCAUUGGCCUCUUUAACGGCCAGUGAACAACAACCAACAUUCCGCCUUCACCUCGGUCCGGCCAACGAAGUCUACACUGUCUCCCUAUCUGCAACGUCUGCCAGCGCUGAAGGUUCAACAUCUGGCCCUCGAAUUGACCUCGUCUCGAACGAACCCGGGACGCAGCCUCACCUGAACAGGCCAGUGAUUGUCGGGCCCGAUGGUCAAAACCCAGAGCAACCCGAAGAAAAGUCUCUUUUACAAAAGUACUGGUGGGUUCUUCUGAUCAUCACUUUCAUCAGCAUGUCCGGGGGUGGCGGAGAAGGACAGUGA